AUGAAAACGACCUCCGACGAGGCUGCUCAGGCACUGCUGCAAUAUGACGAGCACUGGUACCAGAACAACAGUCGAGAAUACCCAGAGCAUGGCCUCGAUGACGACGACGACGACGACGACGAAAAAGAUGGCAAUGGCGUAACAGACGAAAUACUGGCGAACGCAACGCGGUCACACGACGACUCGAUCCAGCACAACGCCAGCCAAAGGCCAGGACGCCGGCACGCAUCUUUGCACGUCCCGCCUCCACCCGCGAAGCUCGUGAACCAGGGAACUUGGGAGUUCAUUGAAUUCGUCCCCGCUUGGACCGACCCGCUAUGGGACGGCCACGACACCGUCAUGGUCGAUGAGGACCUCGGCCAUCUUGUCCGUAAAAGGGGCCUGCUGAACAGGCUGCGGCCCGCGCAGCUGCCGCAGGACCGCAGCCAGAACCCAACCGCGUUCGCGCUCCGCUUCGGCAUCCACCCCGACCGCACCGAUGGGCGCUCCCGGCUGACGCCAACGCGUUCGACGUUUCGGCAGUUCAGGGUCGACAACGUGAACAGCAUAGACGUCAAGGGCGAGUACAUCAUGAGACAGGCCGAGAAGUACGCGUCAAACGCCAGUCUGGACGACAUCGACGGGCUGCUUGAGAAGUACUCGCAAAUAAAGAUGGUGAACGGUGCCAAGCAACCGUCUGAGACGGAAAUGUUUGUGCUCCUGGCGAUGCAGAAUAUGCAAGAUGACGAAGAUUGGCAGUCUCUGGUUUUGGGGGGUGUGACCACCCAAGAGCUCUUGGACGAUGGAAUAUUAUCGUUGAAGAACACCUUUGGCUGCAACUUGGAAAACAACUUACAUAGGCUUCUACAACGAAGCAAGUGGAACGCCGCAACGUGGCGCGGGGACGAGCCCGAGAACCCAAGGCUUGUCUACCAAGCCGGUAACUUGAAGGGAGAAUGGGACCCAAGAACGAACGACGAUCUUUGGCGAAGGAUGCAACCCACGCUGCGAGCCGCCUCUCGCAUCCUUACUUUUCUCGAACAUCACGAUCCCUAUUGGGCAUGGCUGAUGGACGUAUUCAACAGAGUCCGCGUGGUAUCCAACCGCGACCCCAGGCCGCCUCACAAGAGGAGGAUGUACUCGGCGUGGAACUUUCGCUUACAAAAUGACACACCCAGCAUAACCGUAGCCGACGAUCACGUUCGCGCUGCAGUUGACGCCGUUGGCGCGACCUGGAGGACAUUGGACUCCUGCAUGCAGUUCGAGCUCGGCAGCGCCUUCGGCUCCAGCUCCGAUGGCGAUACACUGGCGGGAUCUACGACGGCCGAAGGCAACAAGAUUGUCAUCAAGCUCUCGGUUGACGCCAUGUGGCCGCUGGUGGUAGAUGGCUACAGUCAGGAUGAGAAAAUCGUGAGCCAAUUUUCCUUGGCGGCCACUAUCAUUCACGAAAUCGCACACGCUGUCAACUACGCACAUAUGCAUUGGCUACACACACCAGGGCCAACUGCUGAGCUUAUACCAGAACUUCGAACACGACCGGAUUUGAAGCAAGCACUUGCCGACAUCGGUGUAAGUCUCUUCGGCAGCAAGACUUUGAAGAAUCGGAAUCCCAUCGAACCAUACUUUGAAAACGAGCAGAAAAGCGAACUCGGUCAUAGUACUGAAAACCAUAUCUUUGGUGGUUCCAACUGGCAAGCCAUCUGCCAGUCAAACAUGCCAAUAAAGUAUCUCCACUUCCUACCUUCGGGGUCUCUGAUGAUGCGAUGGCCCACGGGGUUCAAGUACGACAAUGACCGCAUGCAGACGUGGAGCGAGAUACGCGAGAAUCCCGCGGACAUGGUCCUGCGCACGCCGCCGAUGCCCGCCGACACGUACCGACUGCCUGUCAAGGUUGUCGACAUUGCGCGCUUCUUCUCCGAGGGUUUUUGGCGCUCCGAGGUGCAAAAGUUCGGCACCGCCGCGCUGCGGCUCGGCACUGCUCACCCGACGCGGGUCCGGUUCGCGAUGGAUGAGCUGCCCCUGGCCAGCCUACAGAACGACACCACGGACCUCGGCAAGAUGAUGGUGGCCCUCUGGCCGGAAAAGGAGAAGCUGCAGAGGGCUGGGGCCAUUGUUUGGGAGUUCCUCGAACGGCUCCUGGGGGAGUAUUUCCGUUACCACUCUGUGCACUUCCGGUGGCAGAAAGACCACGAGAACCUCUUCUCCAGGCUGGAGGAGAUUGAACUGACUAUGAAGCAGCUCGACAUAUCCAUCAUGGAGGCACAGAUCCUUAGCAAUCUCUUGUGGUACACGUCUCCCAAUCGGAAGAAGGAGAACAUUUCCGAGCGUUGUGACUCCUGGAAAGCGGUCACACUGCGGAGGUAUCGGGCUCUCAUCCAGAAGCUGAGAGGUUCGUGCGCUAGGAUACCGUUUGCGCUUCCGCGUGGCUCGGAGAGACUCCAGGAUGACAACACUUUUUGGGAACGCAUCAGAGAAGUGGGCACGUACGCACGACAGAGGUUCGACGACCUCUUCCGAAAGAUGCAUAAUCGAGUGUCGUUCGAAAUCGAUUGCGUCCAUGAGCUGUACCUGGACAUAUACCAGCUAUCUCCCGAGGAUCGUGAGAGGUCAAAGCAGCGGAAAGUCGUCGACCAGCUCGCCAACCGUCUCGUUGUUCUGGUAAAACAAUGCAAUAACACACUUGUCUGCUACAAAGGCAUCUCACGCCUGAAAGCCUCCUUCGAUGUCAAACCCCAUUUUGCCCACAACUUCAUGGUGCUCAUAGAGAAGAUCAGGGAGCUCAUCCCCUGGGCCAGGGACGUCAGAGAGAUCAACCCGAACAAUUUCCAACGUCUGCAGCCGCUGAUCCCGAACAUCAGGAAGGCGAAACGGCCCGCCUCGAUGCGCAUGGUCAAGAUCGCGCAAAAAGAGAUCGACCUGAUGCCGGUAGCGUGCUUGGCCGAGAUCCAACCUUUCCUUCUCUUCGUUCGGAACAAGCUCAAAGCGGCGGAAAACAUUAGGAUCGAUCUGGUCAAGGACCAGAAAGAGCACCUCGAGGCCAUCGUCGCCCAGAUGAAGGCCUCGCAUGACCAGCGUUCGGUUGACGAGGACUCCGACGAGGACAACGAUCCGCUCACGAGGAUCAUCAAAAAGAGGGAAAACGCGAAGGACGACCUGCCGUCGAGGAAGCACGUUCUCAAGCGCAGGAGGAUAUACACGGCACGGUUGGCCCCCGCAGAGCUCGAGCAUCCGAAGCCGCUGUCAAAACCCACGGGGCCGAAGCCGCGCAGGCCUUCGAGGAACACAAAAGCUUCCAAGAUAAGCCCGUCAGUAGCCGAUCCCGACCUGCAGCCCCGGGUGCCGAAUCCCUUUGCCGCCUUUCCCUCCUUCACCUUCCCUCUAGCCAAGCCGGAGCAACCUUACCUCUUCUCAAGCCCUCACCCGCAACCGCCGCCGCGAGUCGUCAACGCGUUCCCAAACUUGACGCCUGGGGGCCCCCAAACCAUGGGCAUCUUCCCGCAUCCGGGCGCUUUGUCGGCGUCGUUCACCGAGGACCUACUGGCGGAGAGGGACAUGAGAGAGGCGCUCGCAGCGCGGUCAGCCACGUCAACGCCGAUCUCCCCGCUGGCGUUCAGGAGGCGCGAAGGUUUCCAGGACGUACCGCGCGAUCCGGCGCCCUCGAUUCCUGACUCACCCGACUCGGAGCGAAACGGCCGAUGCCGUAUAACGGACCCGGAGGCCUACUCGUCGCCUGGCGCUCUGGGGUCGUCGCCGCCACAGCACCCCGGAGGGACGAGGACGCAGGGGACCGGGUUGCUGAACCGGCACGUGGGGUGCUCCCCCCAGACGACUACGGCUUUCGUUGACGGAAGCCAGGUCCAGAAGCAUCAGGGUACACAUAAAGAAAGCCCGGUGCCUGUAGCGACGUCCAGAGACCAGGCCGUUCCACAAGGUACGGCUGCGACGUUCCGCGGCCGGGGCAUACCAGCACAGCGAAUGGGCUGGGAGCCGGGACAAGGGCAGAACCGAGGUUGGUUGUCAAGACAGGAUUUGGAGGACAGCCUGAUGAGCAAUCCGAGUAUCAGCAACACAGACGGUGACCAUGAUAUGCUUGACUUUUAUUAG